AUGACACAAGACUGGUCACUGCGGGCGGGUUGGUGUUUUGUUAUUUUCAUAAAUAUUGAGUAUCACUAUUAUAUAAUCUAUUCAUCAUCUUUUGAGAGUUUGAAUCAUUUCUUAAUGCCAAACUUGAAUGGUACCAAAUUAACUCAAAACAAUCAACCCAGACCAUCAUCGUCAAUGAACAACAACAACAACAACAAUAAAAAUAAAAAUAAUAAUAAUAAUAACAAUAAUAACAAUUACAAUAAUAGUAAUAAACAAAAAGAAAAGAGUAAAAGUUCAAAGAAAGAGAGAAAUAAGAGGAAGAGAAUUAGUAAGAGAGAUAGACAGAGGAAUAGUCAAAAUAACAAUACUACAACAACGACAACGACAACAUCUCCAACUAUAACACCACCGACAACCGGAUUAUAUACAAGAGUUCCUAUCAAUUUAACAAUGCAAAGAGAUACUUUCACUUAUGAUGUCGAUGAGGAUGUUGUCGAUUUGGAUGUUCUAGAGUGUUGGUCUCCACCUACAUCAUCAGCUUCACCUAUGUCAUCGUUUCAAUCGGAUUCAAGGAAAAGAAAAGACAAUGAUCAUUCAUCUGCUUCCAAUGAUCCUACUAACAAGAGAUCGAGAGUAUCUAUUGUAGUGGAUGUUUGUGAUUUAACAUCGACAUUGGAUGACUAUCAAGACAACGUUGCUGAUCACUUUUUCUAUGACAAUAAUGAUGAUGAUGAUGAUGAUGAUGAUAAUGGUGAUUAUCAUUCUGCUUCAAACACAACAACCACAACAACCAACAACACCAAUACCAACAGCAUCAAUACAAACAAUUCAAAUACAGUUUCACAAAUACCAGAAAGAACUAAUACACCACCAAAACCAACUACAACGACAACAAAAGGAGUAGAAUCAGUUUCAUCAUUUUCAUCAUCACCACCACCACCAUCAUCAUCACCAUCAUUAUCAUCUUCUUCUCCGACAGUGACAGCUAAACCCAAAGCGAUAGUAAAACCUACAGCAUCGAAACCAGCGGCACCAACCAUUGCUUCAGCCAUUAACAAAACUAGUCCUCUUGUUCAACCUUCUACUUCUCCUGCUCCUCCCCCAAUAUCGUUGGUGACGACAAAUACAACAACAGCAACAACAACAACAGUUUCAAAACAAGCUAGCAAUACACCUCCACUUAAUGGUAUUUCAAAACCACCAAGUAAACCAAGCAAUACUACUACUACUUCUACGACUAGUAAUAGUAAUAGUAGUACAAGUAAUAAUAGUGGUAUAAAGAAAAAAGAACCACAACAAGAAGUAAGACUAAAGAUUUCAAAAGAGAAAUCAGAUUUUGUAAAAUCUUUGGAGAAGAAGGGGUCAACAACAACGCCAACAACAACGCCAACAACAACAGCAACAACAACACCGCCAGUAGUAUCAUCACCCACAAUUGAAUCAAAGACAACAACAUCAACAGCAACACCACCAUUGGUAUCAUCACCAACAAUAACAUCAAAGACACCAACAACGACAACAACCAUAGCUACACCUACAUCAUCGCCAAUAGCAACAACUACAGCAGCAGCUACAUCCUCACCAAUAGCUAAAACUACAUCAUCGCCAAUAGCUACAACUACAACAACAACUACAGCAGCUACACCUAUAACUACAGCUACAACUUCACCCUCACCAAUAGCUAAAACUACAUCAUCGCCAAUAGCUACAGCCACAGAAAGUUCCAACGCAAAUAAAGCAGCACAGGUUUUGAAUCAAACAAAAGAAACAUCUCCAAUUUUAACACCAACCUCACCGAUUAUUACUACACCACUGUCUAGCUAUCAUGCCGACAACAAUUCAUCAACUACAUUUGCAUCUGCACCUGCACCUGCAUCUACAAAUAUAAAUAUAAAUGCGUCAUCAGAGAACGUUAAAACUACAAUAGCCAUAUCAUCGUCAGCACAAGCAACAGUACCGACAUCAAUAAAUCAACAGGUAGCACAACAGCAACAGCAACAGCAACAACAACAGCAACAGCAGCAGCAACAACAACAACAACAACAGCAACAGCAACAGCAACAGCAACAGCAACAGCAACAGCAACAGCAACAGCAAACAAAAACCACUCUCAGUUCCAGGCGCAAUACCAAAAGAUUUACCUCAAUACUCAACGCUGGUGAUACCAACACCGAAAUCGAUACUCGAUUCGCAACAAUAACAUUCACUCCAAAGCCAGCAGCAACAACUGUAACAGCAGCAGCAGCAGCGGCAUUAGCAUAUCAAAAGUCAGGACUGCCAUUCAAUACAACAACUACAACAACAACCACUGCCACUGCCACUACAAUGAAUACCGCACCUCCACAAACAAAGCAAGUGAUAUCAACACCACCACCACCACCGCCACCAGUACUACCAACACAAACAGUACAAACAUCUGCACUGUACGAUAUGAUUAGAAGUAUGCACAAUAAGACUACCACUAACACACCAAAACCUUUACAAUCCAAUCUUAGGUACGACCCAAACAAGAAUUUGGUUGGUAGUGUAUAUAGUGGCAUCUAUGACACUGACACAUACUACUCGAAACCAAUAGCUUCAACUCCGACUGGUGUCCCAUAUUCAAAUCAUCAAUUAUAUACCUAUAAUUUACUUAGAGCAAAUACACCUAUUCCAAUAACAACAACAACAACAAUAACACCAACUGUAUCGAAUCCACCAAUACAACAGCAACAACAACAACCAACAACAUGGCAUAAUAUGACACCAAUAUAUACCAAUGCACAUAUACCUCAAGCCACCAUUUACAAUCAACCAAACAUCCAUCAAAGCCAUAUCAAUCAGCUGCCGCUAACAAUUAAACCACCACAACAGCCACAACAGCCACAGCAAUUAAGAUUACCAGCAACAGCACCAUGCAAACUACCAGCUGUUCCAGAACAACAACAGAUAAAGCCACAAAUACAGCAAUAUCUAGACGCACAAUCACAGUUGCAGUUGCAACAUCAGCAGCAACAACUACAACAGCAACAGCAACAACAUUUACUACAACAACAGCAGCAACAACUAUUACAGCAGCAACAACAGCAACAACAACUAUUACAGCAGCAGCAGCAGCAGCAACAACAGCAACAACAACAACAACAACAACAGCAACAACAGAACAUGACAUAUGUUCAUGAAUCACAGAAAAUACAGUUCCAAAUUGUACCACCGUUCGCACAAUCAAAAUCACAUGCUGUUUCUCCUCAAUCACAAAUACAACUUCAAUCACCUGCACAGCAACCACAACAACAACAACAACAACAACAGCAACAACAGCAGCAGCAGCAGAUCCAAAUCACACCAGUAAUCACACAAUCAAUAUCACAUGCCGUUUCACCUCAACAACAACAACAACAGCCACAGCAACCACAACAACAAUCGCCACCACAACAAUCACCACAACAAUCGCCACAACAAUCACCACAACUAUUACCUCAAACACAACAGCAGCAACUAUUGCAAGUUAAUUCGGUACGACAACAACCUAAAUCACCUCCAUCUGAUCCUCGACUUAAAAAAUCAAGACAAUCAGGACCUAUAACGAAUACAACAACAUCAUCACCAAUCCAGACACCAAAUUCAACAACAAUGCCGAAUACAACAACAAAAACAACAACAACACCACCUAUACAGACACCAAAUGCAACAACAUCACCUAUAGAAACACCAAAGAUAAUAACAACAACAAUAUCAGCACCUAUAGAAACACCAGAGACAACAACAACAACAACAACAACAAUAUCAUCACCUAUAGAAACACCAAAUCCAUCAGCACCUAUAUUAACAAAAACAUCUACACAAACACCAAAGACAACAGCACCAUCACCUAAAGAAACGCCAAAGACAACAACAACAAGCUCAAGUACAAAUUCUACAACACCAAAAUCAAAUGUAUAUGCGUCACUCAUAGACUCAAAAUUAACUUUAAACAAAACUACUCUAAACCCAUCGAUUUCAACUCAAACACCUACACCUACUGUGUCUACAAGUCCAACAUUAAAGUCAACACCAUCCAACAACCUUUCCAACACCACUACCACUACCACAACAAAAGCAUCAGAUUCACUUAACAAGGUAAAGCCAAAGUCAGCAACCAGCAACAGCACCACCAAAAAGAGAAAAGCAAAGGAACAUGAUGAAUCAGAUGAAGAAGAGGAGCCAAAUUCAUUUGGUAGACAAAAAGAUAAAGAUGGCAAAUACAUAUCACCACCAGUGAGCAAGAUCGUAAAAGGUUUGACCAGAGAUCAGCUAUACGACUUCUUCUCAUUGGAGAUACUUCAACAAUUUUGUAAAAAGAAUGAUAUACCAUACUAUGACCAAAGGAAAUCAAAGUUGACCAAAACUAUUGUUAGAUUCUUAGAAACCGGAAAGAAAUCAUCUUCAUCAACAACAACACCACCACCAACCUCUACAAUCCACAAACAACCACCUGUAGUUGCAGCAAAACCCCAUACAUCUACAAAAACAGAGUCUGAGAAAGAGAAAGAAAAAGAGAAAGAGAAGGAGAAGGAGAAAGACAGGGAGAGGGAGAAAAGGACAAAGGCAAUCAUUGAGAAACUCUUCAAACCAACAACAAAAAAACAACAACACCAACACCAACACCACCACAAACAGAAUCAAGAGGUACUCAGACAGAUACACUACCAAUAG